AUGAGACACGAGAAAGCAAAAGUUCAUGAUACAAGAAAAAGGUUUCGCAUUUCCAAGAAACUUGCAAUAGUUGGCUCAGUUGGUAUCGCAGGGGUGGUCCUAGUAUCAGUUUCAAUGAUCUUUUGCCUCAGAAGUCGAUGGUCAUUCCAUAAGCCACUGAUUUCCUGGAAGAUCGAAUCAGAAGAUCACAAAGUUGAAGAACUUAUGAGAACCUAUGGAUCUCUUGCUCCAAAAAUAUACAAAUAUUCGGAUCUAAAGAAAAUAACAAAGUCAUUUAGCCAUAAAAUAGGACAGGGUGGAUUUGGUCAAGUAUACAAGGGAAUGCUGCCCGAUGGUCGCGUAGUAGCUGUAAAGGUCCUGAUAGAAACUAAUGGUGACGGAGAAGAAUAUGUAAAUGAAGUAGCCAGCAUAAGUAGAACUUCCCAUGUUAACAUAGUAGGGCUUUUGGGAUUUUGUUACCAACCGAAUAAGAAAGCAUUAAUCUAUGAAUAUGUGUCCAAUAGUUCAUUGGAUAAAUUUCUCAACAAUGGACCAUCUGGCACAACUUGUCCCUUGGGAUGGACAACAUUGUACAGAAUCUCCAUUGGGAUUGCUCGAGGUUUGGAAUAUUUGCACCAAGGUUGUAACACAAGAAUAGUGCACUUUGACAUAAAACCUCAUAACAUUCUCUUGGACCAGGAUUUCUGCCCCAAAAUAUCUGACUUUGGCCUCUCUAGAUUGUGCGAGAGAAAGGAGAGUAUUCUAUCAAUGUUGGGUGCCAGGGGAACUGCUGGAUACAUUGCUCCAGAAGUGUUCUCUAGAGCGUUUGGACACGUCUCUCACAAAUCAGAUGUCUAUAGCUACGGCAUGCUGGUUCUUGAGAUGGUUGGAGUGAGAGAUAAUGUUGAAGUGAGCCAAACUAGUGAAGUAUACUUUCCACAUUGGAUCUAUGAACAUCUCGAGCUGGGGAAGGACCUAACUCUACAAGGUAUCAUGAACGACGAAGAUGAAGAAAUAGCAAGGAAGAUGGUUUUAGUUGGCUUGUGGUGCAUUCAGACCAAACCGUCAGAUCGACCAGCAAUUGGGAGGGCAGUCGAAAUGCUGGAGGGAAGUCUUCACUCCCUACAAGUUCCACCAAAACCUGGCUUGUUUUCUCCACCAAAAUCCAUCCUAGAGUCGUUUACAUCAACAUCCACAACGACCUAG